AUGGGAGGCCCAUGUCGGUGCUCGAAACUCCUGUCCGAGACAAGACAUUUCUUCAUUUUUCUCUCCUCUUUCAUUGGGAUUUUACUAUUUACGACGAUUCUGUGUGCUGACGAGAGUGAGGCCAAGAAAUGGACUAUAGAGGAAUUAGCUUCUACGAAGUUCCCGCACAAAGUCUCCAACGACAUCUAUCUUGAUCCGUGCAAGUCUGAUGGUUUCGUCGGAGACAUUGCCCUCAGCCGGUUGGAAAACGAGGAGUACGAGAAAGAGCUAGAGCAGCAAGAAGAAAGAGAAAGGCAAGAGCAGUUGGCGAAAAAUGUUGCUACCAACGCUAAAAAUACCACCAAAUUGGCUGCGAAAAAAAGGCAUUGGAUCGCUAAACAAAAUGCCAAAGAAAAAUUCAGAUCUAAAAACAGAUUGAGGCAUUCUGGAAAGAACCGGAAAAAGUUAUCCCAAAAACCGACGAAAGGAACUCGACCAAAGAGGGCAGCGACGGCGAGGCCCGAAAGGUUAUGGGAUAGAGCCGUAAUACCUUACGAAAUCGAGUCGAACUUCAGCGGUGAUCACCGCGCCCUCUUCAAGCAAGCCAUGAGACACUGGGAGAACUACACAUGCGUCCAAUUUGUAGAAAAAGAGGAGCAUCCUAACUACAUCGUUUUUACUGAAAGGCCCUGCGGGUGUUGUUCAUUCGUGGGUAAGCGCGGCAACGGCCCGCAGGCCAUCUCGAUCGGCAAGAACUGCGACAAGUUCGGCAUCGUUGUGCACGAGCUUGGCCACGUGGUGGGCUUCUGGCACGAGCACACCCGGCCCGACCGGGACAAGCACGUGCAGAUCAUCAACAAGAACAUCAUGACCGGUCAGGAGUACAACUUCAACAAGCUGACUGAGGAGGAGGUGACAUCGCUCGGCCUGCCCUACGACUACGCCAGCAUCAUGCACUACGCGCGAAACACCUUCUCCAAGAGCACCUACCUCGACACCAUCCUGCCCCAGGAGGAUCCCCGCCACCGCAAGAGGCCCGAGAUCGGACAGAGGGUCAGACUCAGUGACGGGGACAUCGCGCAGACCAACCUCCUCUACAAAUGCCCAAGGUGCGGCAAGACUCUUCAGAACCCGAGCGGUGCCCUGUCCUCUCCAGAACCUUCCAAUUCUCUGGCACCGGAAGGCGAGCACUGCGAGUGGCGCAUCACGGCCACUCAGGGCGAGCGCAUCAUUCUCAACAUCACCGACCUCGACCUCUACAAGUCGGACAACUGUGAGACAGACUACCUAGAAAUCAGAGACGGAUAUUGGUACAAAAGUCCUCUCCUAGGUAAAUUUUGUGGAGACACCAAAGUUCCGGACGUCUUGAUUAGCAGCAAAUAUCGCAUGCUGCUGACCUACAAGACCUCUUCCAGUCAUGUCAACCACAAAGGAUUUAAAGCUAAUUACGAAGCAAUAUGUGGAGGAGAUGUCAUCCAAGAGAAGGGAAUUCUUCAUAGUCCAAACUAUCCGGAAGAUUAUUGGCCAAAUAAAGAGUGCACGUGGCGUAUAACAGUGCCCGAAAAUCACCAGGUGGCGCUGAAAUUUCAAUCGUUUGAGAUUGAAAAUCACGACAACUGCGUCUACGACUACUUGGAAAUCCGGGAUGGCCACGAGAGCACGAGUGCUGUCUUGGGACGGUUUUGUGGGUACAAAAAUCCCGAAGACAUCCGAUCCUCCGGAAACAAAAUGACUGUCAAGUUCGUGUCUGAUAGAUCUGUGCAGAAAGCCGGAUUCGCUGCUGAUUUUAUAAAAGAACUAGAUGAGUGUAAAGGGGACCAUGGCUGUGAACAUGAAUGUCAGAACACUUUGGGCGCCUACAAAUGUGAGUGCAGAAUCGGGUUUGAAUUGCAUUCAGAUGGCCGAAAGUGUGAAGAUGCCUGCGGCGGAGUGAUCGAAGACACGAACGGGACCAUCAUCAGUCCUUCUUUUCCUGAUCUCUAUCCUCCCAACAAGAUCUGCAUCUGGGAAAUCAUCGCCCCGCCACAGUACAGGAUCACGCUCAACUUCACUCACUUCGAUCUGGAAGGAAAUAACCAAGACUGCGAAUACGACAGCGUGGACAUCCGCAGCAAAAUGGCGGACGACGAAGUCCGAAAGCACGGAGUUUUCUGCGGCUCCAGGCUCCCUCCUCUCAUCACCUCCGAAGGGAACUCGCUCCGGAUCGAGUUCAGCUCCGACAACUCCGUUCAAAAGAGCGGAUUCGGGGCUUUCUUCUUCACAGAUAAGGACGAAUGUGCUACCAAUAACGGUGGUUGUCAACACAUCUGCAAAAAUACGAUCGGCAGUUACGCAUGUUCCUGUCACAACGGUUUUGUGCUCCAUGAAAAUCAGCAUGAUUGCAAGGAAGGUAGCUGCAGCCAUCACAUGAUCACACCGCAUGGAGAAAUUACAAGUCCAAACUACCCGGACUACUAUCCAAGCAGAAAGGAUUGUGCCUGGUUGUUUACGACUACUCCCGGACAUCGAAUCAAACUGGUCUUCAAAGACUUCGAGUUGGAGCCUCACCAAGAAUGCGCUUACGACCGAAUCGCCGCCUACGACGGGGACAGUGACGAGUCACCAACACUGGGCAAAUUCUGUGGCAGCAAGAUUCCACAUCCGAUCUUGGCAUCGGGCAACAGGAUGUACAUGGUCUUCAAGUCCGAUGCUUCCGUGCAGAGGAAAGGCUUCAAGGCUGUUCAUACGACAGUUUGUGGCGGUCGCUUGAUGGCACACCGCAACAUGGAACACCUCUACUCGCACGCCAAAUAUGGCGACCACAACUACGAGAACAAGGAGGACUGUGAUUGGAUCAUCCAGAGCUUGUCCGAGCAACGAGUCAGAUUACGAUUUCUUACCUUCGAAGUGGAACACGAGCAAGACUGCGGUUACGAUUACGUGGAGGUCUUUGACGGGGAGGAUGACUCGGCAAAAAGCAUGGGAAAUUUCUGUGGGAACAAGGUACCUCCUGAAUUCUUCUCUAGUGGCGACGCUCUUAUGGUAAGAUUUCGAUCGGACGACACCAUCAACACAAAAGGCUUCUCCGCAGCUUACACCGCCCUGGAUUCCCCAAUUGAAGACAACGACGAUAUCUUAGAGCGCUACCACCUGUAA